AUGGCUUCAGUGGAUGUAUUUUGCAAUUGCUCACAGCAGGUGGUGAUGGUCAUCUCUGAACCAAACGAACCCCCGUGGGUGCUAUGUGGGGUUUAUGCUAGUACCGAUUACCGAACAAGAAGAAUUCUCUGGAGGGAGCUGACGUGUUUGCUGUCCCAGGGGGUUCCAACUUUAGUAGUAGGUGAUUUUAACUGCAUCUUAUGCCCAGAUGAUAAAAGAGGAGGUAGAGCCUAUUCUGACUCGGUGGACAGGAGGGAGUUUCGGGAGUUCAUGGGGAGAAAUGGGCUGGUGGACCUUGGUUUUUCUGGACCCCGCUUCACUUGGUGCAACAAUCAGCAAGGGCAAGCUAGAGUGUGGGAGCGUAUUGAUAGGGCCAUUGCAUCAGCUGACUGGAUCCAGCGAUUCCCAGCAUAUCAGGUCAGUCAUCUAGCUCGGAUUGCUUCUGAUCACUGCCCCCUCUUGAUAUCUACAGUUUCGGGAUCCGUCCACCACAGCCCCUUUCGCUUCGAGAAGCUGUGGUUGUCAUAUCCCCAGUCUUGGGAUGUAGUCAGGGAGGCGUGGAGUGCGUCAGUUCGGGGUGAUGCUAUGCAGAGGGUGUCUCGCAGGUUGGAGCUCACCAAACGGCGUCUUCGUCGAUGGAACCGAGAGGUCGUCGGCAAUAUUUUCCGGAGGAUAGAGGAGGUGGAGGCAGUGAUACUGGACGCCCAGGGGCGGGAGGACCGAGGAGAGGAGCUUACGGAGGCCGAUAUGGCGGACCUGCGGCGAUCGCUAGCCUCCCACCAUUCUUUGUUGCGCCAGCAGGAGACUUUUUGGAGACAGAAAUCUAGGAUUCAGUGGGUCAAGGACGGCGACCGGAACACAACCUUUUUCCACCAUUCGACAGUGAUUAGAAGGCAGAGGAACAUGAUCCGAUCAUUGAGGGUUGGUGUGGGCCACCGAGUGGAGGAGGAGACGGCAGUUAGACAUGCACUAUUCGACUUUUUCAGGUCCAGGUGGACGGAUGAUGGGGGAGUAUAUUAG